AAAAUUAAAUUGCAUUAUAAAAAAAUAUGGGUUUAUUUUCAAACUCUGAAAGUUGCCCAGUAACUGAAAAAGAAUCUGAUUCUAUUAAGAAAUCUGAUUCAAUUGUAACAGAUGUUAUUAAUGGAAAGAUAGAUACUAUUGAUUCAAAUGCUCGGUAUUUUGGAUAUGUUGGAAGAUUUAAAAAUCUUCUUAUAGCAACUUCACGAUAUCUUGCCUAUAUAUCUGAUGCUGGUGAAGCUUUUCGUCCUAUUGCUCAUCCUCAUUUUGUUCGAGCUGCAUAUGGAAUCUCUUGGCUAUAUAUUAUUGGGGAUGUUACUUAUGAAGGUUAUAAGGUAAAAUAUAUUAAUAACGAAAACAGUGGACCUGUUGGAAGAGCAAUGAUAAAACGAAGUGUAUUUCAAGGGAUUGCUAGUAUGGGAUUACCAGCGUUUACUAUUCAUUCUGUUGUUAAAUAUUCAGGAAGAUAUGUAUUUCAAAAUGCUAAAAAUAGAAGAAUUCGUAUGUGGGGCCCUGUAGCAACUGGAUUAAGUAUUAUGCCUGCUUUGCCUUUUUUGUUUGAUCAUCCUGUUGAAGUUGUUGUAGAUUCUUUUUUUGGGAAAUUUUAUCCGGAAUCCAAAUUUCCAGAAAAAAAGUAA